AUGGCGCCCAAGAAUCGCAUCAUCAUUGACACCGACCCCGGGGUCGACGAUGUCCUAGCCAUCUUGCUCGCCCUCGCCGCUAGCGCCGACGACCUCGAGGUGCUGCUCAUCUCGAUUACCUUUGGCAAUGUUGAUGUACGCUCCUGCUUACGCAACGUCGUCGCCAUCUUCCAUGUCCUGGAGAAGGAAAUUGCAUGGCGCAAGGAGCAGGGCAGACCAGUCGGAUUCGAAGGGCUCACCAAAUUCAAGCCGAUCGUGGCCAUCGGCGCAGACGAACCCCUGCAGGAUCGCAUCGAGAGCGCUGAUUAUUUUCAUGGUACCGAUGGAUUGGCCGGAACACAUACAAGUCAUCCCCAUUUCUCGCCCGAGGAGAGUUGGAACAAGCUGUUCGAGCAACCUCCACCGGACCAUUUCAUCACCGAGAAGGCCAAGCCUGAAGUCGAUCUCGAGGAAGACACAAAUGCAUUCGUCCCUUCCCUCGAGCCUGCCCAUAAGGAGAUCCUUCGGCUGCUACGGGAGAAUGAACCGGAUACGAUCACCCUGAUUGCCAUCGGCCCGCUCACCAACUUUGCUCUGGCCGCGGCCGAAGAUCCAGAGACCUUUGUGCGAUGCAAGGAAGUUGUCACCAUGGGUGGCACAGUCGACGGGAUCGGCAACGUCACGCCUGUAUCGGAAUUCAACGUCUAUGCGGAUCCCUAUGCUGCUGCUCGUGUGUAUGCGCUAUCGUCACCCAUCCCAGCGAGCACAAUGCCUAUUGCCACAGAAGGGGAACGCAGCUUCCACCUCUUGCAAUACCCUGCGCGUCUGUCCAAACAGCUGAAGCUCACACUCAUGAGUCUGGACAUUACGGAAUACCACAUGCUAAGCCGCGGCGAGUUCAACACCUCUGCCAAGCCUCAUCUCGAAGCCGGCUCGCCGCUCGCGGCGUGGAUGACGGCUUUCAUGACCCCCAUGCUAGACAAGAUGGAACGGCUGCACAUCGGCCACGAGGGCGAAGGCGCCGCUCUGGCCCUGCAUGAUCCGCUGUGCGUCUGGUAUGUGCUGACGCACGACGAUCCAUCUUGGAAAGCGAGCGCGCGCAGUCCCGAGGAUAUCCGAAUCGAAACGGCCGGCCAGUGGACUAGAGGCAUGACGGUGGGCGACAAACGAGCCAGACGGAGGAGGAACUCGGAUGGUGAGGUGCCUCAUGACAGAGGCAACUGGCUAGGCAACAAGAGUGGCAAUCGGGUGUACAGGAUGCUUGAGAGUCCGGGCAGGGAGGAAGCCUCGAAAUACCUGAUGAAGGCGAUUUUCGGGGCUUGA